AUGUCACAGCUCAGUACCCUAGACAAAUUUAAUAUUGCCAAAAUUCAAAUGGAAACUUCAAAGAACAAAGAUAGCCCGGAAUAUUGGAAAUUUAGGUUGGCUAUCAAAUUAAUCCAGGAUGUUUAUAUGUUUCCUAGUGAUGAAAGUUGUAAGCGGGAAUUCUACGAUACUGUAUCCAAUGAGAGAAUGAGGGUUGUUGGUAAAGAUCUUAUUCCAGGGGAGAGACGUGUCGUUGCUAACGUUGAUUUUACAAUUGGUUCACACAUUAUGGAUGUUACGACUAUUGCUGUUCUUUUUGAUGACUACAAUGACACUCCACCAGUGUACAUUACAAAAUAUCAAGAGAUUUUCCAGUCCAUGAUCAUCAACACUAAGACCAAUAAGGAGACCAACAGAAUCAUUUUAUUGACAUUCUUAGUCAUGUUCAACUAUUUAGAGGAUAGUGAAUUUGCCAGCAAAGUCAAUAACUUGUGUACUCACCAACGACAGAUUCGUCUUGCUAGUGAGUUGAGAAAUGCGAGGGACUCAAUAAAAGCUCAAAUGAUUGACUUGUUUCAUUCCUAUUUCAAAGAGUACUCCUUAGCUAUGGAAUUUUUCAAAAAGGGUCAAAUUAAAAUGGCAAAGAGUAAUUGGAAAUUUUUGGAAAAUUUAGUCAAUGUCGUAAUGGUUAACCAAUCAGUAUUGAUGAAUCACCAUCAUGAACGUGUUGGUAUAUUCUUGGAUCCUCAAUUUGCUAUUUUGAAUCACAGUUGUUUGCCAAACUGUUUGCAAAUUGAAUCGGGUUAUGAACAGUACUCAGUGGUUAACAGUUUACCAAUCCAAGCCAAUGAGGAAAUCACUGUCAACUACAUCAACGUCGGUGCUCCAGUUGAAAUCCGUGCAUACAAGUUACUCACAAAGUACCACUUUCAUUGUCAAUGUCAGUUGUGUUUAAUGAAACAAGAUGUGUUUUUCACCAUGCAGUGCAACGAAUGUUUGAAACAAAUCAAGUCAUCUAGUUUAAAUGCUACUCUAACCACACCAAAUACCAUCUUGAAGGAACAAUCCUGUUCAAAAUGCUUUCAUCCGUUUGACUUGGAUGUGUACACACGGCAAAUUCAAAUUCGAAAUUUCCUCAUUGCAAUUAUCCUCAUUCCAAAAUCAAACUACAAUAUCAAUGAUGACGGUUAUUUUAGCUUAUUGUUAAAAGAAUUUGCUGGGUUGAUUGAGAGAAAUGGAGCACCUGCGUUGGUUAGAUUAUUAGUUGAUACACUUGAAACUUUUCAAAUUGUCCCCACCCGAGUUUCAUUUAUCAAACGAUUGAUUGAUGAGGUGAUGACAACUAAAGUAUUUGCAUUGUAUACUUUUCCAUUCAAUGUGAUUGUCCAAAAGAUCAGUAAUGAUGCAUGUGAGUGUACUGACUUUGACACUGGGUUGGAGGGGUUGAAGUAUUAUGCACGAGUUCUUUUUGCAGUCAAGUUCCCUGCUGAUUUAAGCAGCCAAUUGUUUUUUGACGAGUGUUUGUUUAUGGAGUUGGCACAACGAAUUGAGAAUUUGAUGGCUGUGUUAGUGGAGGAGCAGGUUGAUACUUUUUUUGGUACAUUUGAAGAGUCAAUGGAACUACUUGCCCGAUGUGCAUAUUUCUUUUACAAACAUGUCAAGUGCAAAUUUGAAACUCAAUACGUGGAGGAAAAGUUGUUGCAACUUCGUCAAGGUUACCAUCCCACCAAGUCGAAGAGAAGUAUUCAUUCUUGCUUGGAGAGAUUGUUUAGUUAUGCCAAUGCCAACAUAUUUAUCACAAAGACCCGUUUCCUCAUAUUCAAUGCAAGGCAAGAGCAAGUCACCUUGUUUCAUACUUUUGAUUCUGAUGACUACAUGUGA